AUGCGAGUCAACUCGGCUCGUGACAGAAACGGAAGCUCGUGCAGUUCUGCAUCUACCUCAUCGCCGACGAGUGUUGCUCUGAGUGGAACGCUCACUCCUGGUGCUGGGAGAGCAGCUUGGGACGCAUCCACCACCGUCGUAACCCGCUCUUCCCUGCGAGGAGCGGCAUCCUCAAGCAAGGACUCUGCCAAUGCGCGCACGCCGAGCAAAACGAGCCACACUUGUGGCGUGAAUAACGCUCUACUGUCCGGUUCAUCCAAAAACACUAGUGCCGGUUCGACGACAUCGAGUAAGCACACAGUCACCACUUCUUCCCGCUCGACCGCGUCUAGCAAAAAUACUGUUCCACCAACGCAAUCUCUUGGAUCCAGUAGUGUCAAUGUGUCACUCGUGAACACCAGCAGCAUAGUAGAUGGAGGGCCGCCAGAUAUUAAAGUGAUACAUACUACUAGUACAACCACAACGCCUGGGCCUGCAAGCG